GAAUUGGUGCGCAAGUGUUCGUAAUUCCGAAUCAGCAAAGUGUUGAUCGAAACAGAAGCACCGACGACGCCAUGGUAACGGUUUGUUUUCGGUUGUUGGAUCAAUAAAAAUUUUCACCAUCCGGCAUCGAUCUUGGAAAUGACACUGUAUUUCGACUCGAAGGUGCAAUUUUUGGACAGCGAAGCCAUCAGUACCGUUAGCUGUUGGCACCCGAACGAGCCCAUCUUUGCGGUAGCAUCCUACAGCCAUGAGCGAGGCGGUUCCGUUACGAUCUUCGACGAUACGGGUGUUCCACUGCGGAACGUAACCUACCCGGUGCAUUCGACGUCGCAGGCUACCGUCCUUACGUGGCAUCCGGAGAGGAAAAUUCUGCUCAGCGGGUGGGAGAAUGGGGAAAUUCACGCGUGGUACGAUGGCAAGCGCGAUUUUACCACCAUCAGUGGACCGCACAAGUCACCGCUUAUGCUGCUGGAAUUCAGCGAAAAGGGAGGCCGUGUCAUCACGGCUGACGCCAUGGGAGUGCUGACGGGAUGGCGCUACGACGGGCACGGCCAGUUUUUGACUAUGUUCCAUCACGAUUUGCGAGACCCGCUGCUGCAUAUAACCUUUCGCCGGGCGGUCGAGAGCGCCAGCAACAGAGAGUUGACUAAUCUUGCGAAGGCUGCAGUGGCCGGUGAUGAAGCAGCUCUGGAUACACUGACAACUUGGCGACCAAGAACAGCUGUGCGUAAUUUAGCACAUUCAACACUGCAGGAUAACUAUUGUUUCUACGCUUGUACGCAGGCUGGCUUUUUGUACUACAUUAACCAGCAAGGAACUUGCACGGAAAUAAUUCGAACUGAUAGCAUACCUAUCAUUCAGAUUUUGUGGCAUCCAAAGCAAGAUUCCAUCGUCCUGCUGCUGGAGGAUAUCACCAUUGGCCACUACGAGGUGGACGGAAACGGACAGAUCACGGAGCUGGAUCGCGUCAAGCUGUCCGGCUCGGUGAAGGCAUCCGGCUACAAGAGUGCCAUCACCUGGGUUGCCGGAGUCGGUGCUGCUCUCGCCAUUCUGACGGGCGACCUGUCGGUACGAAUUUGGGACAUCGAAAGCAACGAUAAUUACGUACUAUCGAUGGAAUUGGCCAGCAGUGGAGUACCGGGUGCCGAUGAAGCCGCCGGCAGGGUCAAUCCAGCGGUGGAAGCGUUUACCUGUGUUGCUUACUGCAAAGAUAACCAAACUUUAAGUGCCGGCACGAAUCAGGGCAAUUUGUACACUUGGCGCCGGCUGAACGUUAACCGGUCGUACGACUAUCCGGAGAAGCAGUGGCAGCUAACUAAUGUUACGCCGGUUCGGGGGACAAUAAAAAGUCUCACCUGGGGCAUCACGGAUACCAAUCGACCCUGCAUGAUGGUGAACUGUUUAUCGAGUGUGUUCAUUCUGAAGGAACAAGCACUGCUGGCCGGCCAUACACGAACCUUGUGGGCCACCCAGAAAAAGUCAAACGAGUUGCUCUUGGUGCAACAAAGUUUGUCCGUCGCCUCGACGAGUGGCGCUAGCGAGCGGCGCUCGUCGGUGAUGAAAAGCGAUAAUUCCAUCAUCCAUCUUGCACUGAGCGAGAUAAAUCUUGUAGUAACGAAUGGUCGUACGGCUGUCGUGUAUCGUGUGGGCAGUCCGGGCGGUAGUUCUAUCGUGUCAUCUAGUACGGCGGCUAGUAGAGGCAGCAGCAGCAGCAGAGCGGAGAAUGUCGAUGAGCUAUCCAUCACGCAUGUUGGCAGCUUCGGCGUUGAUUGCGUUGCAAUUUUCCUGUACGAGCAGAAUCUGGUGGCGCUCGGUGCGGAGCAGGUUAGGAUUUAUUCGCUCAGCGGGGUCGUCCUGCAAGAGAUAUUCUUUAACGAUAAUGAAGGAAAACCGAUUGGCGCCGAUCUAUUGGGUCCUUUUUUGACCGUCUUCACCAUGAACGGUUACGUUAAGCUGUUCGACGUUUCCCGCCAUGAGCUAAAGCUGGUUCAGCCCUCCAAGUGCGGGUACGAUUUGUUCGAAAAGUUUGGCGAAAUUAUCGCAGCCAAAAGCAACGCAACGGGAACGUACCUAGCGCUGACCAUCGCCAACGAGCAGCUGCUUCCGGAUGGAAAGCUGUACCUGUGGAAUUUGGAGAGCAACGUCAUCAAGUACUACGAGUUUACCACGGGUAAGACGGAUUCGGACUCGACGACCGUUCAGUACAUGCCAAUCAAUUUCUACUGGGACUCGGAUGAUCCGCGAAUGCUGGCUUGCGAGGCGAAGCCGAUUUGUGGGCCAGCACAAAAAGCCUCUGGUAAAGGUGGAAGUAUUCCGGAAUCUCAGAUCAACAUACUAUUUGUGGAUCAAAAAUCUCAAUUUAAGGAACUGGAGCAGAUUGAACUCGCCAGUGGCGAGCAGUUGAUAAACCUAUGCAUUCCACAUGUGAUUAUUUUGAAACUGAAUCAAAUUGAGUUGAUUCCACUGAGAGACUUCAAAGGUUUAGAGCAUUGUGAUUUGGUCACCAGAAAUAUGGUUCUAAACUUUAGUCUAAACGUAGCGCAGGAAAAUAUGGAUCAAGCCUUCAGCUGUAUUCGUUCACUGAAAUCGGACACGGUUUGGACCAAUCUGGCGAAGCUUUGUGUAAGCACAGGCCGUCUGGAUGUGGCGAAGGUGUGCCUAGGUCAUCUCAAAAUGGCCAGAUCGGUUAGGGCGCUUCGGAAGGCCAUGGAAGACCUCUCCCUGGAACACGAGUGUCGAGUGGCAAUUUUGGCUAUCGAAUUAAACAUGAUACCGGAAGCGGAGGCUCUGUACAAGAAAGUCGGUCGAUACGAUUUGCUGAACAAACUGUACCAAGCUGCCGGGCGGUUCGACGAAGCACUGGAAAUAGCCGAGCAUUUGGAUAGGGUGCAUCUGAAAAAUACGUACCACAAGUAUGCGGAGUGGCUAAAGGAAAACGGUAAAACUCAAAAAGCAAUUCAGUACUAUGAAAAAACAAACACUUUAAUGCACAACGUCAGUCAGCUGUUGAUGGACGACCCGGGAGCGCUGAAAAAAUACAUGCAAACAACGAAAGAUCCGGAGCUGCUCAAAUGGUGGGCGCAGUAUAUCGAAAGUAGCGGCGAUAUGGAGGGUGCCUUCAAGGUGUACCAGAAAUCGGACGAUUGGUUCUCGCAGGUUAGAAUUCUCUGCUUCAUCGGUCAGGUCGGCAAAGCCGACGAGAUAGCGCGGAACAGCGGGGAUCGAGCCGCUUGCUAUCAUCUGGCAAGAUACUACGAAAAUUGUGGUAAAUUUGCCGAAGCAAUUCAAUUUUAUACGCGGGCACAAACCUACGGUAAUGCCGUCCGCAUUUGCAAGGAGAACGAUCUGCAGGAUGAUCUGUGGGCAGUGGCUUGCAUCGCUCGACCACGGGAUAAAGCUUCUGCGGCUGCGUUCUUCGAAGAAAAUGGUGAUUUCCGCCGAGCUGUCGAGCUAUACCAUCGGGCGGGAAUGCUUCACAAAGCGGUUGAGAUGGCUUUCAAGUCGCAACAACCCGAAUCGUUGCAGGUGAUCGCCUCCGAGCUGGACGCCAGCUCGGAUCCGGAGUUGGUCAGCCGAUGUGCGGACUUCUUCAUCGGAGUAGAACAAAACUAUAAGGCAGUUCAGCUGUUGGCCACCACUCGGCAGCUGGAACGGGCGCUGCAGAUAGCUGCCGAACAUUCGGUCCCGCUGACGGAAACCCUGGCAGAACUGUUGACUCCGACAAAAAAUGAAGUACCGGAGGAUCUGCGAAUCAAGAUCUUGAUUCAGCUUGGUGAAAUUUUGCAAGAACAGGGCGACUAUCAUUCGGCUACGAAGAAGUUCACCCAAGCUGGCGAUAAAAUUCGUGCGAUGAAAAGUUUACUCAAAUCGGGUGACACAGAUAAAAUCAUAUUCUUCGCCGGAAUGUCACGACAGAAGGAAGUGUACGUAAUGGCCGGAAACUAUUUGCAGGCUCUGAAUUGGCAGAGUGAUUCUAAGAUUCUGAAAAAUAUCGUUACUUUCUACACCAAAGGACAGGCCUACAAUCAGUUGGCGAAUUUUUACGCUAACUGCGCACAGGCCGAGAUCGAUGAAUUCCGUGACUACGACAAAGCAUUGAAAGCACUACAAGAAGCGGGAAAAUGUCUAUCGAGAGCUACGCCUCCAUCGCAGAAAAUUAACGAAACACUGCAGCAAGCGAUGAUGGAAGUCAGAAAGGUAAUCGAUCUCCAGGAUGCCGUCGAAAGGCGAGAAUUUCUAGCGGCAAUAAAAAUUCUCAAGGUCAAACUGGAGGAACCGAUCGCCCCACCGGUUCGCGUGUGGGACCUGCUAGCCAUGCUGAUCGAGUGUUUGAUCUCGACCAACCAAUAUUCGGAAGCGUUGUUUCACGUCAAGCAACUGGCGCAGAAGAAACUCGACUGGUACCAGCAGGAGCUGGUGGAGAAAAGCCUGCUGGACAAGCUGGUGACCGAAACGGGCGUCAAUCUGGAACCGUACGCCAAUCCGGGACGGGUGCAGCGACCGCUGACUUCCUCGACGGUCACCAUGGACAGCGAGGAAGAGGAAAUACAGGAAGAGUUUGACCAGUGAAUUAU